AUGGACUUUGAACAUUUUAUCGACCUCUGCGGUCGAUCUCUUUUCCCAGAGGAAUAUAGAGGUGAUUUAGAUGCGGCAUGGGACUAUCUGCAGCAGUCGCGGCCGGACACCGAACCACUCGAUGAACCGGCUGUUCAUGCGGAUUAUCUCAGAUGCUCAGCCAUAUACUCGAUUUUAGUAGGGCGACUUAGCGAUGCCUACCGCAGUCUUGAAACGCUAAAGGAAAUUUUGGAUAAAGUACCUCAAGAAUGGGGACUACGGUACACAAAUUACAAAGUUCUGACCGACUAUACCCGUCGAUAUCCUCCAAAUGUUCGCUUUUAUCACGAACGGGCAAGACCCGUGAAUCUCACGAUGCUAAGCAACAUCAUUGGCCCUAAUGAAAUAACUGAAACUUUUAUGGCGAAUGUCCAUAAAUACCUUCCACUCGGUAUCCCUCGCGACCAAGGCCUGUGUCAGAUUCUGGGUGCGGUGCAGUGGUUUCCUAUUCAAGCCCGGAAUAUGACGGCGAAAUUUCAUCCCCUCUCCCCAGGUGGACGAGCUGGACUGUCAGAGGAAGACAUAGUGCCUUUGAUCGCAGAACAAUCUAAAAACUUACUCAAAUAUCGUACCAUGGCUGAAAAGUACGAUAUGAUGGGCAUAGCAGCAUACCUGACCCGUCUUAUCGUGGAGUUUCAUCUCACGAGUCAGAGCCCGGCUGCAACUACAGAGAUGGAAGGUCUCUUUCAACGAUAUCAAACAAUUAAUGACCCCGUGGGAAUGGCCAAUUCCAAAAUUUUAGAAGCCGAUAAUCUGCUCAGUCCUCCUUUCGCAAGUCCACUCUCAUUGAAUCUGAUUGUUGUCGAUGUGACUUCUGCGGACAUGAAUGACAUUCUCUGGGACCCUAUUGAGUUUGAUUUGGCCUUUGAAUACUUACCAAGGGCUAAAGAGCUCUAUGAAGAAGCCCUCCUUCUUUUCCAAGCAGCUGGAUGUAGACGUGGCCAAGCAGCAGUUUUGCUUAGACAAGCAUGUUGCUUGCAUAACCUUGCACGACACCAGCGACAGUCUAAUAAACAAAUUCUCGGGAUACUAGGAGACUCCGAAGCAAAACUACAGCAGUCUUUCCAGCUUUUUGGGAAAGACGAGGCAAAUCUCCAAAUUGUUAAAAGCCAUCAAAUUAUGGUGGACAUCACCAAAGGAAACCCCCACAACGUGAAAAGUAUUGCAAGAAAUAUUGGCCUUUGGGCUGUUGAAGCACAGAACGAGUCGAUGGGACAUUUCAUCGGCAUGCUUCUAUCACGAUAUGCUCAUCAGGAAUGGUUCAAAUAUUCCAAUAUGGACACAGCCUUGACAGCAUUGGAAUGCGCCUACGAAGUCUUCGAGACUCUAGGGGAUAUCGUUCCUCUUUUUCAAUCUAUAGUUUCACGGGCAAAUGUGCAACACGAAAUGUUUAAUAGCAACGCCGCCCGGAUUCAUAUUGAGGAAGCACUUUCGAUCGUGGACCGUGUCCGCGAAUAUUUUGAUGAAAAGAUCAAGUCUGCCCCUGAUACACCCUUAGGGAAGGCAGAUCGAGCAACGUUAAGCACAAGCAAAUUUACUGCCCUCUGGACCUUCAGCCGCAAAGUAGGCAACAUUUAUAUUCGUAUUGAAGACCUGCAAGGGUUUAAUGAUUGGAAUAAGAAAUUCUUUCAUUGGGUCGAGCAUGAGGAGAGCUUUCGAGAAUUUCGGGAAAGGCUGGAUGAUUACUACAGCGAGGAGCAUCCUCAUUUUGGGCAUGCAUUUUCGCAAAAACAAGUGAAAGAACUUUGGCGAACCAAUCUGAUUGAUGAUGUGGCUAGAGUCCAUUUUGCUUCUGCGGAGCUUACGUAUCGGCGUUUGCUGGACGAUGGAGACAUAAUGGAGGCAGAACAAAGUCUCCGCAACUUUGUGAACAUGUCAGUGGACUUCGAAAAGUUCUAUUCCAGAGAUCUAUAUCGUAUUCUGGCAUGUGAGCGUAUUGGAGACAGUUCCAAAGCUCGUGAGAUUAUGGGCACGAUUGACGAUAACCAGCUCUUUAACGACAUGCUCGAAGGUUUCUUGAAUGGAGAGGGCGUCCGUCAUUUUUUCUCGACAUUAGCAGAGAAUGCCCUAACUUUUACUAUUUAUGCUGGAGACCAGGCGAGGGCUCGUCAUAUUGUCGAUCUUAUCAUUAAAAUCGCGCCCACCUUUUUCGAAUCUAUGAAUGAAAGUGCCUUGGACUAUUCUUUCCGACUUGGUCACUUUGGGACUAUCAUGAAAGAGGAGGAGCCCCUCAAGUCCUUCUCUAAGCUCCUUGAGUGUCGCCAGAUUAUUGAGGUCCGUCGCAUUCAGACAAAAGACUUGGACGCCCGUAUCGGUAACUCGGCAGCAGGAUGGGGCAGUGAAGUUUUCCUCAAUCUCGCUCGAAUCUGCCUGGAUUGCAACCAGUCAAAUCUUCCGCUUAGUAUACUAUCUGGAUAUGAACUCGGUCACUUUGGGGAUAUCUCAUGGAUUGAGCAUGCAUUGUUGUUUGUUGAGAUGGGUAGAGCUCGGUCGGUUCUCGAGUCUUUGCAGGCACAAGCGAGUCAAUCCAAAGGGAUGCCAGGGGUUCCUGAAACUGCAGAUCUAUCGGAAGCUGUACAAAAAAGGCGACUCCUACGAUCACUUCUUGCCUUGAAAACCUUGAGUCCUGAACAAGAGAAAGAAGUUUCACAGCUUGGCCAAGAGAUCAAAGCAUUGGAAAAGGAUGGAGCCAUAUCUUCUGCAACCGCCUUCAUCGAGACAGUCAACUCCACGAUUGAACCAAAACUGCUAUACCAAAGUAUUGACCACAACUCUGUUGUUAUUGAAGCCACCUUCAGCGCACGAGGCUUUAUUGCAUUUGCAGUAACUCGAGACGGGAUACAGAAAACACAACGAGGAACUACUCGUAAUGUCGAUAUCCGAAGACCGGUGAUGCAGGCCAUGAAGAUCAUGAGGGAAAUGACGGGCUACCUUGGAGAGGAGGAAGAGGCUCGCAAGAGAACCCUCAAUGAUCUUUCGAGGGAUAUUUCCGCUGUGGUGUUAGAACCUUUCGCUGACACUGUUCGCACUAAAUCGCACGUCAUAUUUUCUGUUUCGGAUCCGAUGACUGCGUUUCCCUUUUCGAUACUCUUAUUCGACGGGAAACCACUAAUUAUGCAUGCCGCAGUCUCUCAAGUUCCAAGUCUGACUGUUUUGCAUUAUCUUUCCCAAAGAAAGUCGGAAUCCCGUGCGCCAACAAUAUCGGUUCUAGCGAAAUCCCCUACCGAAGGACCGCCAGAACCACUGGAGCCAACUAGAAGCAACAAAGAAGUCAACUUGCACAUGGCGGGCAUUGAGGCAGUCAAUAUAGCUCGAUUAUUUGCUACAUGGCCAAUUGAAGCAUCCCAUAUGACUAGGAAAAGCUUUCGUGAAUACGUCGAGGGAGACUCAUUGAUCAUGCAUAUCGGGACUCAUGGAGAUGUUAACCAUCGCAAUCCUCUCCUCUCAUCCAUUUCGAUUGGAGACGGAGAGCAGUUCCGCGUGGCCGACAUGUUUGCAAUUCGAAGCCGCGUGAACCUUCUGGUUUUUGCUGCGUGUCUCAGUGGACUUGGCAAGGCCACUAUUGGCAGUGAAGUUCUGGGGUUUUCUCAUGUGGUUCUAAGCACUGGAUGUCAGGCUUAUAUUGGAUCUCUUUGGAAAGUGAGCGACUUUGGUUCCAUGUUAGUUAUGACCUUUUUCUAUCGGCAUCUGAAAAGCGACCCCCACCUCGCCGUGGCGGAGAUUAUGCGAAAGGCGCAGAUUGAUAUUUUACAACUUGAUGGAGAAAAAGCUAGUUUAUUUCUCGAUGAUAUGCUGGAUACUUGGACCUCCAGCGGGCAUGAGGGACAGAGUCCAGCGGAAUUUGUGCCCGACGCAGAGUUUCUUCUCUUGACAUUGAAGAUGAUUCUCAACCAGUUGGACUGGACCAGCCCCUUUUACUGGGCACCGUUCACUUUAGUGGGAUAUGGAGGAUUGCGUUUUGUGCAUGAGGACUAG